CAAAUAUAGGCGUCUUAUCGACGACUUAUGUCUCAGUGUUAAGUGAAACCGCGAAGUGAAAUAAGAUGAGGCUCCCGUUAAUAAUAGUGCUUAUUUCAACAAUACAAUUUGCCAAUUGUCGGCAUACAACGAAGUGGAAGAGAAGUGUUUACGAAUCAAUAUCAAACAAAAUAGUAGAUACGAAAAAUUAUGUUGUGAAACAAGCAAGAAAUUUAAAAGACUUUACAAUUGGGACGGCAAAUGACACGAUAAAUUCUGUAAAAUCAUUCGUUUCCCGAACAUCAAGUAGAGUAUACAAUUUUGUAGACGAUGGAACAAACGCCGUGAAAAACAAGUUCAAGCAUUAUAUACAUGAUGCGCAGAAGACAACCACAUCCUUAUACGAUAUCAUAGCACCAAACAAAACCAGCUAUGAAUGCUCAGACACAAAUACUGAUAACUAUAUGACCACAUCAGAACUGAUCAGACAACACGGUUACCAUUCUGAAUCACAUACCAUUAUGACGGAAGACGGAUAUCUUCUCACGGUACACAGAAUACCAUUUUCCAGUCAGAAUCCUAAUCAUGAAAACACUAAAAAGACUGUAUUACUUCACCAUGGUAUACUCGGGAGUUCAGCCGACUGGGUGAUCCCUGGACCUAACAAAAGUCUCGCGUAUCUUCUAUCUGAUGCUGGAUAUGACGUUUGGAUGGCAAACGUUAGAGGCAAUACAUAUUCAAGAGGACACGUGCACAGAAAUAUUGACAGUUACGCAUUCUGGAACUUCUCAUUUCAUGAAGUCGCGCAGUAUGACUUGCCAGCCGUUAUCGACUUCAUUAUCGAGAAGAAAGGUAGCGACGUAGAAAUUAAUUACGUUGGAUUCUCCAUGGGGACUACUGUGCUGUUUGCCAUGCUCUCAACUAAAACAGAGUACAACAAUGUCUUGAGAACUGGGUUUGCUUUAGCUCCCAUCACCUAUGUGAAACAAAUAAAAAGCCCAUUUAAACUUUUGAGCAAGUUUGGUAACAAUUUGGAAUACUUUAUGAAACUUGUUGGAGUUAAUGAAUUUUUGCCCAGAAACUUCUUAGUAAGAUACAUGGCAAAGCAUUACUGCAAAGUGACUGACGUUGAAGAAGCUCUCUGCGAAAUGUCCAUGUUUUUACUAUGUGGUCAUGAUAAAGAACAUUUUAACCGAACUCUGGCACCGAUGAUACUGGGGCAUGUGCCAGCGGGUACGUCAACGAAGACUUUGGCCCAUUAUGCUCAAGAAAUAAAUAACAAAGGAAGAUUUCAGCAAUUUGAUUACGGCGCUGAAGGCAAUAUGAGAGAAUAUGGAACUAAAACACCCCCAGAAUACCCGCUUUAUAAAGUAACAUUGCCAAUAACUCUGUUUAGUGCUCAUGAUGACUGGCUUUCAAGUGUACGUGAUGGUGUUGAUCUGUACAAACAGUUAUCGAAUCCUGUGGAACAUUAUAUUGUACCAAGUAGUCAUUUUAAUCAUAUAGAUUUCCUAUUCGCUCGAGACGCUCGUCCCCUAGUCUACGAUAAGUUGCUACAGAUGCUAGAUCAAUCAUAUGAAGUCCAUGACAUACACGCGACCAUAGAAUAAGGAAUAAUAUCACGUAUAGAACGGCAAGUCUUCGCUCCCCACCAGUAGCUGAGGUAGGAGGUUUACCUCACCCCCCGUCGGUCUUACUUUAGUCUUCAAUGGUAUGGGCGUCAGACGUCACACACACAUUUUUGCGUGUAUGAUAACGUCAAUAUGUAAUGUCCUAAACCUAGCACUUAAACAAAAUAAUUAUUAAAACAAAACCACAACAGGAAAGUAUUUAUAUUACUUACAUGUUAUGUAUAUUUAUCGACAAUUUAAUUAUUAAAAGAGGAUAUUAACACGUUCUCUGUGUAUCUGAAAAUUAAAUAUCGAAUCCUCAAAUUGAAAUUUAUGUAUAGUUAUGAGCAAUAUAAUGUACCCACUUUAGGACUCUGUCGCAACAUAUUUGACAUUUAGUGAGACUUAAAAAGUUAAUGUGACAUGGUACCAAAUGUAUACAUAUUAAUGCUCGUGACCGUACAUACCAUGGCAAGAAAAAACAAUCUGAAAAGUCUCCCGUCGGAUUUUUCUAUUUUCCCUAGUGCCCCACAUAUGGGACAUGUCCGUAUGUUUAAAUUUUUUGCCUCAUAUGUGGUUCAUACACAGUGAACGUGUAAAUGUUUUAAUAAGUA